CUACUAAUCCCCCCAGGGCUCAAUCCAUCAAGCAAGCAGUUCACUCUCUCUCUCUCUCUCUGUCUCUCUCUCUCUCUCACGCUCACACACACACAAGCAAAGGGGCAAUGGCCAUUACAGCAGUGAAACUUUCCCCAUUCCUGUCGUUGUUUCUAUUGAUCCUAUGUGUUGAUCAUGGCGCUUAUGGACACUACGACGGUGGGUGGCAGACUGCCCACGCCACCUUUUAUGGCGGCAGUGACGCUUCUGGCACAAUGGGGGGAGCAUGUGGGUAUGGUAACUUGUAUAGCCAGGGAUACGGGACCAAAACCGCAGCUCUUAGCACUGCUUUGUUCAACAAUGGGUUGAGCUGCGGAGCGUGUUACCAAUUACGAUGCAGUGACGACCCUCAGUGGUGCCUCCCUGGCACCAUCACUGUCACUGCCACCAACCUUUGCCCUCCCAAUCCUGCUCUCUCUAACGACAAUGGUGGCUGGUGCAACCCCCCUCUUCAACACUUUGAUUUGGCCGAGCCUGCUUUCUUGCACGUUGCUCAAUAUCGAGCUGGAAUUGUACCCGUACUCUUCAGAAGGGUCCCAUGUGUGAAGAGCGGAGGCAUAAGGUUCACCAUCAAUGGCCAUUCUUUCUUCAACCUGGUUUUGGUAACAAAUGUUGGGGGAGCAGGGGAUGUCCAGUCAGUGUCAAUCAAGGGGUCUAGGACAGGGUGGCAACCAAUGUCAAGAAAUUGGGGCCAAAAUUGGCAGAGCAACUCAAACCUCAACGGCCAGAGCCUCUCCUUCAAGGUCACCGCCAGUGAUGGCACCACUGUCACCAACUACAAUGUUGUCCCUGCCGGUUGGCAAUUUGGACAGACCUUUGAAGGAGGCCAAUUCUAGAUCAAGUUGUGUGUUUAUAAGAAUUUAUUCCAGAGAGCUUAGGGAGAGAGAGAAAAUAAGGUGUGGCUGGUAAAUGCAUAAUGGCAAAGUAGAUAUGCUUUAAAACUUGGGAGUAAAAGGUUCACCUAUUUAUGUUAUGAGUAAUGUAAGCUUUUAUCCUAUCAUUAUCUCAUCAUUUUGUUGUGACAGUGCCCAUCGGCUUUUAAAUCAGUCUUUGUUUAAAAAAAAUUCAAGCGUUGAUUGGCACUACAAUAUCAACAGAGUGAGAGAUGUAAGAUAAAAAGUGUGAUUUCUAGCUUUACUCUUAUAUUAUGCAUAUUGCUUUAUAUUUAGAGUGUAUCAUUUUCAACAAAUGUACAUCCCGAUUUGGUUGAAAACCAAGUGUGGGGUUAAAUAAGACCAUUUCAUGUGUAUGAAUCAUGAAUUACAAAGAAUUAUUAGGUUGUUAUCAUC